UUCAUGACCGGACUUGGGUUCUUACUGAGUCUUAACCUAAGUGAGAUCUGUUUUAUCUUCAAACACAGUGUGACCAGACACAGAGUUAGAACCAAAUCUAAGGCUUUACCCAGUGGCUCAGAAACACAGUUUACAUGGAAGGAAUGUGUUUUCUACAUUAUUAUGUUCGUUUUGGCUCUCUUAGAAACUAGUUUGCUGCAUCACUGUGCUGAUUUCUCACAGAUUUCCAAAAGCAGUCCCCAAGCUAUUAUUGGCUAUAUUUUGAUGAUGUUACUUAUAAUACUGUGGAUACUUAGAGAAAUUCAAAGUGUCUAUAUCCUUGGAAUUGUCCGAAACCCUUUCUAUCCAAAGGAUGUGCAAACUGUGACUGUAUUCUUAGAGAAGCAAACAAGGCUCAUGAAGAUUGGUGUUGUCAGACGGAUUUUGCUGACUCUAGUGUCACCUUUUGCUAUGAUAGCAUUUCUUUCAUUGGACAGUUCCUUACAGAGGCCCCACUCUGUGGCUGUCUCCAUUGGAUUCACAAGAGCUUUUAGAAUGGUAUGGCAGAAUACAGAAAAUGCUUUAUCAGAGAUAGUCACAGUAUCAGUAGUGCACUCACUGAUCUUCAGUAAAGACUUAUGGUGGAAUAGAAGCCUGGAUACAGGAAUUAGACUCUUACUGGUUGGUAUUGUGCGUGAUCGUCUGAUUCAGUUCAUCUCUAAAUUACAGUUUGCUAUGACUGUACUUUUGGCAUCAUGGACAGAGAAAAAACAACGUCGAAAGUCAGCUGCCACUUUAUGUAUAUUCAACAUUGUCUUCUCUCCGUUUGUGUUGCUCUUCAUAGUUUUUUCUACACUACUCUCUUCUCCCUUACUUCCUCUCUUCACCCUUCCUGUGUUCUUGGUGGGGUUUCCCCGACCUAUUCAGAGUUGGCCAGGAGCAGUGGGCACUGCAGCCUGUGUGUGUGCAGAUACAGUGUACUACUACCAGAUGGUCCCAAGUUUGGCUGCUGCAUUGCAGUCUGCAAUGGCAGCUGGAAGUUUAGGUCUCCUCUUACCGGGGUCUCAUUACUUGGGCCGUUUUCAAGAUCGUUUAAUAUGGAUAAUGAUUCUAGAACGAGGCUAUACUUACUGCUGUAUUAAUAUUAAGGGGUUAGAAUUGCAGGAGACAUCCUGUCACACUGCUGAAGCUCGAAGAGUUGAUGAAGUUUUUGAAGGUGCCUUUGAGCAGGAAGAAUAUGCAAGAGUAUGUUCCCUUAAUGAGCACUUUGGAAAUAUCUUGACACCCUGUACAGUUUUGCCUGUGAAACUAUAUUCUGAUGCCAGGAAUGUCCUAUCUGGCAUAAUCGAUUCUCAUGAAAACUUAAAAGAAUUUAAAGAUGACCUUGUUAAAGUACUUGUGUGGAUAAUUGUUCAUUACUGCUCCAAAAGGCCCAGCAUGCAGGACAGCGUUCACAAAACUGAAAAUAAAGGGAAGGCGCCUCUAAUAAUCCUACCCACUUUGAAUCCUUCACCACAACCCUACUGCCCAGAAGACAUGGAUAGUUUAAAUUCAGAAACUUUUGAUGACUGGUCUGAUGAUAAUAUUUUUGAUGAUGAGCCAACCAUCAAAAAAAGAAAAGAAGAAAAAGAUCAGUUGAAAGUUUUGCCAGAUACACAUUUGUCUCUUCCAGGAUCAGUAGAAUCAAGGAAGGUUGGUGAUCCAGGCAAAGUUCCUGAAAACAGUCUUUAUAAAACAGUUAUAUUGGGAUACCCUGCUAUUGACAAAGGAAAACAAGAAGACAUGGCAUAUAUCCCUCUUACGGAGUUUAGUGGUUCACAUUCUCACUUGUUAAGCUUACCUAAAGAGUGGAGGUCUAAUUGUUUACCUAAUUCCAAAAUGAAGGAGAUGAGCUCGUUAUUUCCAGAAGACUGGUACCAGUUUGUUUUAAGGCAGUUGGAAUGUUUUUAUUCAGAAGAAAAGGACUCAGAUGUACUGGAAGAAAUUGCAAAGGAUAAAGUUUUAAAAGACUUUUAUAUUCAUGUAGUAAUGACUUGUUAUUUUAGUUUGUUUGGAACAGACAAUAUGGCUCCUAGUCCUGGUCACAUAUUGAGAGUUUACAAUGGUGUUUUGCCUUGGUCUGUUGCCCUGGAUUGGCUCAUGGAAAAACGAGAACUAUUCCAGCUAGCCCUGAAAGCAUUCAGGUAUACUCUGAAACUAAUGAUUGAUAAAGCAAGUUUAAGUCCAAUAGAAGGCUUUAAAGAGCUGAGUAACUGCCUUGAAGAAUAUGAAAGUGACUGGUACAUUGGUUUGGUAUCUGAUGAAAAGUGGAAGGAAGCAGUUUUACAAGAAAAGCCAUACUUAUUUUCUCUGGGGUAUGAUCCUAAUAUGUGUGCACAAUGUGAAAGAUUCAACGUUAAGAGCCUAUUGUGGGUUCCACUUCUGGCACGGCAGCAUGGGAGAUUCAGCAGGCACACUUCCCAGUGAAACUGAUGAAAAUGAUUUAAAAAUAACUCUU